AUGGCCCAGGGGACAGUGAUCCAUGUGGACCUCCAGCAGCCCACGCAUGCUGUGUGUGUGCUGGGCACCGUGGCCUCGCUGGAUGUCUGUGGCUCUGCCCCUAAGGAAUACACGUCCUUCAGCAUCACUGCCUCCCCAGGAGUGGUUGUUGAUGUCACCCACGGCCCCCCAGCCAAGAAGAGCACCACAGGUACCUCCAAAUGGACCCUGGACCCCGAGCUGGAGGUGACCCUGUGGAUGGAAGUGGCCAGUAGCCGCACAGAUGACCAGAAGGUUCGAAUUUCGUACCAUGGACCCAAGACUUCACCUAUCCAAGCCCUGCUCUACCUCACUGGGGUGGAAAUCUCUCUGUGCACAGACGUCACCCGCACUGGCAAAGCGAAGCUGACCAGAGCUGGGAAAAAUCAGAACACCUGGACCUGGGGCCCCAGUGGCCAUGGCGCCAUCUUGCUGGUAAACUGUGACAAGGAGAACCCUAAGUCUUCCAGCAUGGACUUUGAGGAUGACCAGGUCCUGGACAACAAAGAUCUACAGGAUAUGUCCCCCAUGACCCUGAGCACGAAGACCCCCAAGGACUUCUUCGCCAGAUAUCAGCUUGUGCUGCACGUGGCCAAGGCCGAGAUGGACAAAGUGAGGGUAUUCCGGGCCAUGAGGGGCAAACUGCCCUCCAGGUUCAAGGUGGUCCUGGGGCCACAGCAGCCCUGCCACCUCCUGGAGCUGCCGGGUGGUCAUCACAACACAGAGUUCUACGUGGAGGGUCUUGCUUUCCCGGACGCCAACUUCCCAGGGCUCAUAUCCCUCACUGUCUCCCUUCUGGAAAAGUCCAACCCGGACCUCCCUGAGGCCCUGAUUUUCCAAGACAGCGUGACCUUCCGAGUGGCCCCCUGGAUCAUGACCCCAAACACCCAGCCGCCCCAGGAAGUGUAUGUGUGCAGGAUCGUUGAAAAUGAAGACUUCCUAAAGUCGGUGACUGCUCUGGCCAGGAAAGCUAAGUGCAAGCUGACGGUCUGCCCCGAAGAGGAGAAUUUCGAUGAUCAGUGGAUGCAGGAUGAAAUGGAGAUUGGGUACAUCCAGGCUCCCCACAAGACGCUGCCCGUGGUCUUUGACUCCCCAAGGGACAGAGGCCUGAAGGACUUCCCCGUCAAGCGAGUCAUGGGUCCAAAUUUUGGUUAUGUAACCAGAGGGCCCCACACAGUGGAGGUCACUGGACUGGAUGCCUUUGGGAACCUGGAGGUGAGCCCCCCAGUCGCUGUCGGAGAAAAGGAAUACCCACUGGGCAGGAUUCUUAUUGGGAACAGUGGUUACUCCAGCAGCGAGAGCCGGGACAUGAACCAGGCCCUGCAGGACUUCCUGGGCGCCCAGCAGGUGCAGUCCCCUGUGAAGCUCUUCUCCGACUGGCUCUAUGUGGGUCAUGUGGAUGAGUUCUUGAGCUUCGUCCCAGCACCCGACAGGAAGGGUUUCCGGCUGCUGCUGGCCAGCCCUAGGGCUUGCUACCAGCUGUUCCAGGAGCAGCAGAGCCAGGGCCACGGGGAGGCGCUGCUGUUUGAAGGACUCAAGAGAAAGAAACAGCAGACAAUCAAUGACAUUCUUUCAAACAAGAAACUGAGAGAGCAGAACUCCUACGUGGAGAGCUGCAUUGACUGGAACCGAGAGCUGCUGAAGCGGGAGCUGGGCCUGACCGAGGGUGACAUCAUCGACAUCCCACAGCUCUUCAGGCUCAUGGGGAACUCCAGAAGGAACCUCAAGGCUGAAGCCUUCUUCCCAAACAUGGUGAACAUGCUGGUGCUGGGGAAACACCUGGGCAUCCCCAAGCCCUUUGGACCCCUCAUCAGCGCCCACUGCUGUCUGGAGGAGAAGGUGCGCUCCCUAUUGGAGCCGCUGGGCCUGCACUGCACCUUCGUCAAUGAUUUCUAUGCCUACCACGUCCACCACGGGGAGAUUCACUGCGGCACCAACGUGCGCCGAAAGCCCUUUACCUUCAAGUGGUGGCACAUGGUUCCCUGAGCCACCUCCCUGGCAGCCUCCUUCAGGGGACAAUCCUGGCCAGAGGUUGCUGGUCCCCUGCAGUGAGGCACAGCAAGGGCUCUGGGUGGGUGGCCAACCAUCCUUGCC